GAGCGGGAGCUGCGCGGCCGGAGGCGCCGACCCCGAGGCUUCCCCGCGGCGCGGCGGCCGCUCCCGUCUCCCGCUCCGCUCGCGGAUUGCCUUCGGGCUAGUGGCAGAGCUCUCCCGAGCGGGAAGCGGACUCCUCUGCUCUCCCUCCCUGACUCCUUUUGAACUUGGUACAAGUUGGACAAGUCUUUCGGAAAAAGCCUUACUGCUUGAUGAGUGUGGUCCUCCCUCUUUGAGAAGAAAAAGGAACGAGAAGUAAGGACGUUGGUUUUAUUUACCACAGCCGACGAUUAGUAGCACCUUUGUCUCAAUUUUAUGUACUCCGUUUAGAUAUAAAUCAGCGUUAACCCAUUUCUCCGAAACAUGAGUCGGGGACACAGGUGUUGAGUCACUUUAAUCCCCAAACACGACAGAGCUGAUCAAAUAGUGCGAAGACUUUUAUAAUAGCUGCGAAGAAGGAACAAAACCGUGAUAGCUGAUAGAAAUUGCAGUCUCUCUUGUUCUUUACUUUUGAUUUGUGCCUUUUUAGAACCCACCUAGCAAGGUUCCCAGAACAUGCUGAAUAGAGAAUAGACACAUUAUUCAGCAUAGUUCUUUAUCCUCCUGCCUACUGCACGUAGACCAGAUCCCUAACUUUAAAAUCGCUGAGACGUUUCCGGCACUGCGCUCAGUAAAGCAGCUGUCAAUUGACGAUCAAAUUUUCAGCACUUUUGACUUACAGGAACAGCCUGAAGAUCUGACUAAAACUGAGAGAGCCCCUUUUAACAGUACCUCUUAGAUUUAUUAGUUAAUAGUCACUAGAGUUGUACUUUGUGUAGGAUAAAUAAAGAAGAAAACGGAGAAGGAACAAAGCAUUGAUUAUAAAUGUCUUAAUAAUGAGCAAAUGUGGCAGGAAAAAAUAUAUUAAGACAAAUCUAAGACAAAUGACCAUGGAAACAAUUGAAUCUCAGCAGGAUGGAAGUGUAACAGAUUCUGUGGCAGAGAGCGAAUCUGCUCAUACGCAGACCCAGACUGGUCAAAAUUCAGUCCCUACUUUAGCUCAGGUUUCUGUAGCUGGAUCAGGCACCGGAAGAGGCUCCCCCACUGUAACUCUAGUACAGUUACCUUCGGGCCAGACUGUACAUGUCCAGGGAGUAAUUCAGACACCACAGCCAUCGGUUAUUCAGUCACCACAGAUACAGACUGUUCAGGUAGCAACAAUUGCAGAGACAGAUGAGUCUGCAGAAUCAGAAGGUGUAAUUGAUUCUCAUAAACGUAGAGAAAUCCUUUCACGAAGACCCUCUUAUAGAAAAAUACUGAAUGAACUUUCCUCUGAUGUGCCUGGUGUUCCCAAGAUUGAAGAAGAAAAACCAGAGGAAGAAGGAACGCCACCUAACAUCGCUACCAUGGCAGUACCGACUAGCAUAUAUCAGACUAGCACGGGGCAAUACAUUGCUAUAGCCCAAGGUGGAGCAAUCCAGAUUUCUAACCCAGGAUCUGAUGGUGUUCAGGGACUGCAGGCAUUAACAAUGACAAAUUCAGGAGCUCCUCCGCCAGGUGCUACGAUUGUACAGUACGCAGCACAGUCAGCUGAUGGCGCACAGCAGUUCUUUGUCCCAGGCAGCCAGGUUGUUGUUCAAGAUGAGGAAACUGAACUUGCCCCAAGUCACAUGGCUGCUGCCACUGGUGACAUGCCGACUUACCAGAUCCGAGCUCCUACUACUGCUUUGCCUCAGGGAGUAGUGAUGGCUGCCUCGCCAGGAAGCUUGCACAGUCCCCAGCAACUGGCCGAAGAAGCAACCCGCAAACGAGAGCUGAGGCUAAUGAAAAACAGGUUACUGAAAACCAUUCUGGUCACUGUUAUCAUGGAAUGUGUGCCCUAAGAAAACAGCAUUUACAAUGAACGAUGGACACAUUGAUCGUGCUCUCAAGUUGUUCCUGUUGUUUGAAAGUAAUCUUACAAAAGGCAUGUGCUUGGUUGCAUUUGUUGCGUGGCUUUGUACAAACCUUACCUAGGAUUGAUUGGCUGUUGAGUUUGGGGGGUAGAAGUUCAUUUGAGGCAGUCUGGAUUAUGCUGGGAGGUUGUUCCUGCAGUCAUUUGCCUUGUGUUGGUUCCAGGGAAGCUGCCCGGGAGUGUCGCAGGAAGAAGAAAGAAUAUGUCAAAUGUCUUGAAAAUCGUGUGGCUGUGCUUGAAAACCAAAACAAGACUCUCAUUGAGGAACUCAAGGCCCUCAAAGAUCUUUAUUGCCAUAAAGCAGAGUAACUGUCUUUGACUUGGACCUUGUUUAUUAUGAACUCUAAUCAAGGCAGGAGAUGCAGCAAUUCUACUAAUUGCCAUGUGGACUCGUGGAAGGGACACUUGUGACCCUUAAGAAUCCAGUUUGGCUUAGUGUUUGACAUUGAAUUGGGAACGCUGUUCCAAGAUUUGGAAUGCAGCCAUGAUCACAUUUACCAAGCUUACUUCAGUCUGCUUGUCAAUAGCAUGCAAAAAAAAAAAUGUUUUGUUUGCCCUUUUGCUUCUACUUUUUUUCAGGGAAGCUGCUAAAGAAUGUCGACGUCGAAAGAAAGAAUAUGUAAAAUGUCUGGAGAGUCGAGUUGCAGUGCUGGAAGUUCAGAACAAGAAGCUCAUAGAGGAACUUGAAACUUUGAAAGACAUUUGCUCUCCUAAAACAGAUUAGUAGAAAUAUUUAACUAUGAACUGAUUACAACAUGUACAGUUGCUUUUGAAGGCAAUACAAUAUAUAGCCAGCAAGAAUUAUGGCUUUUUUCCUUUGUAUCAUUCAUCGUAUUCUCUAACCUCUGACAUUCCUAAAAUGCUUCACUGUACGUAGUUAACUCUUAGCUGUAACUUCAAUUUUUUUAAAAAGAGACAAGCUGUAAAAAGAAAAAAAAUGUAUGUAACAAAUUCUUAAAAUGCAAUAUUUGUAAGACUUGCUCCAAUGCCACAUAUUUGCAGUUCCCAACCUCUGUGUCAUGAAUAGUGUCCUAUGCAAUAAAAUUUUUUGCAGGUCUUUAGAAAUCAUUUUAGGAGAGGAUGAUCAAAGAUAAUGCAUCCAGCAGUACAAUAAAAGCAAACCACAAAAAAAUACCUCAGGAAAGAAUUGAAAGAAAGAAUCGAAAGAAUCUAAUGACAUGCCUAUAUGAAAAUAAGAACCUAUAAAUGAAUUUAUGGCAUUUGCAGAUUUUUAUGUUUAGUUGCUUUGUAAAGAAAAUAUUGUAUUGUUGUCCUUGAAUGCCAUAGUUGAAGAGAGUUUUUAAUAGAACCAUGUUGGUUACACUUUGUAGUGUUUGGUGCUCAUUUAACUAUCUGAACAUUUACUACAGUUUUUACUCUAUUGUGUAAUAUAAAAGAUCUUGCAGAAGUUCUUAGUGUCGGUUUGAAUGAAUGAACCUAAUGAAAGUUAUGACAAAUUUUUAAUAUCAGGAAUGUGUUAAAAGUAAAAGUUAAAAUUAUAUUUGCAUACCUUCAAGGGUACGCGAGCCAAUUUCUACACCGGGUUAUGCUCUCUGCAGAUACUCUUUCCUCCAUCUCGUCGGAAGGAUGGCCCCAGAGCUGUUACGCAGAAGAGCAGCUACGAGAGAUUCAGGUCGUGUGAGGAUGGACGAGGCCUUUCUGCAGAUGGGCCCCUGUUUUGAGUUUUAGUUAACAGCCCUAGGAGUUUUAAAGUAAAAACAAAAACAACCCAAGAUUUUAUUUUCCAUUUCAAAACAGCUUGAAGUCUACAUCAGAUCAAAGAUUUUUAUGUCAGCACAUUCAGAUGAAGUCCAUUACAUCGAGACAGCAGUGUUCUUACUGGUAUUUACAUUUCAUUCUGUUUUUAUAAUAAGAAGCUUUAAGAUAUAAGCCCGAAGCCCUAAUCAUAAGAUGCUCUGUCAUCUCUCAUUCACUCCUGAGACAUUUGUUGAAUGCCUGCCAUGUGCUAGACUCUGCUAUAUCUUCUCUUAUACCUUCUGAUUUGUUAAGGAUGCCCCCCCAACCCCUACUUUCCGUAGUGAAACCUGGUCAGUGUGUUAGGGAGGUACAAAAACAGGAGGUCAUUGAUUGGUAUGGUGUCUAAUUGCUGUUCCCCCCAUGUCAUAAUUCUUUCCCUUAUAACUCCCAGAAGUUAGGCCAUGCCAUUUUUGGCUUUCUUUAGAAAGACUUACCUUCCUUCAGAGUCUGAGCUCUGAAUUUCUUUUAUCUCAAUUUUUGUCUUCUACAGAGAAGAUGAGGAAAGAAGACAAGGAAGAAAAGAGGAAAGGAAAAUCCCAUGUUUCAGGUGAAGGAAAAUGGUGCUUUAUACUCAGUCACUGUAAAUCAAAUGUGUGCUCAGCAUGGUAGAGUUGAGAGGGAGACACAAGGAUCAGCAGACAAGAUGUAAAAAAGUUAGACAGUAAAUGCCAUAUGUUAGAAUUAGAGACAGAUGUAGGCAGGGAUUAAAUAAGAAACUGUUCGUGGAGGAGGCAGAUUUUGAACUGGGCCUUGAAGUAAGCGAUGGUGGUGGGGAGGAGGGUAUUCUGGAUGGGGAAUACAGAGCAUGUGCUCUUCUCCAAGGAGCUUGACUUCAGGAGAUGAAUUUAGGAGAACGUUAGUACUCACAGGAGAAGUUUAGUCUGUAAGAGAGAGAGGGAGUGUGCAUGCGUUCAUGUGUGCUUUGCUCUACAAAAUAGGUUAUGUUAUUUCGGAGGAAGGGGAUUGCAUCUGAUUACUUGGGGUCACAGAAAGCAGAUGUCUCCCCACUCCCCAGUGGUUUAAACAAUAAGGAAAUUUCGUUCCCUCACAAAACAAGCCCAGAGGUAGGACAUCCCAGGGUUGCUUAAUUUAGUGACUUCACACUGGCAUCGUGACCAGAUUCUUGCUACGCAUUUUGCUCUGGAAUACUAGUGAAGAUUCUCCCCCUGGGACAGAGGGUUUCAGGCUUCUGUGAACAUUUGGCAUCAAUGUGGGACCAAACGGGUUCUGGUAGAAUGGCGUGUAGGCAGCCCACGUCACAGGCUGUGAGGGUGAAGUGAGAGCGCCUCCGCUGUCCCGGAAGUGGCUCUGUUGUCCCGGAAGUGGGGAGGAGCUUGUAAGAGGUGGGGCUUGAGCCACGCUCUCCAAGGCCUAUGGCAACUUUUAAUUCUUGCGCCUCCAGUUUGUCCCUGAAACAAAAACUUUUGCUACUAAAAACAGCACGGUUUGCUAGCUCUCCAUUCAGCCUUAAGCAGUAUUGCCUACAACCUCUCGCUGCCCAGCCAGCAGUGAGCUGGAAGCCGCACGAACGUUGUCCGUCUCGCAGAACAGUGUUGCCCAGAAUCCAGAGCUGUCACUGCAUUCGCGUUGUUUCUUUUCUCCUAAAGUCUUCAGAAUCUGGACUUAUGGAUGUAGAAAUUACCAACCCUGAAUCAUGGGAUUAUACCGCCUUGUCAGAUUUAACUAGGGAGUUCAUGAUGUUAAAUCAUUUGAAAUGGAAAAAUAAAGAAAAUGAACUGCUGUGUUUUUAAA